AUGAAGCUCACUCCAUCAGUACUCGCAACGCUUGCUCUGAAAGCUGUAGCAACUGCAUAUGCGGAGACCGCCAGCAACUGUAACGUCGAAGGGAAUCUAUUCCAACUCGAAGGAUGGGUGCAAGAUAGCGUCAGCUCAGUCGAACUCCGUCAAUGGGGUGACCUAGGAACCGAUUCAAUCGCCGUACUGAACGGCGACGCGAAUACAAAAACCGCAGUUCAUUACAUCAACAAAGACAAUGGCCACUUGAUUGUUCUCGACCCUUUCAAUCUAUUGAUCGCAGCCAACGCAUACACAGACAGUCCCGAUGGCGGCGAGCUCAAGUUCACCUUUUACAAUGACUCCAGCAGAGCCUAUUAUUGGCCCUCUUUCGACAUCAACGCAGACGGUCAUUUGACGGUCAAUGGUUCUAGUAGCAUCUUCAGUCACUGUAGUUCGAAUGAUACCGAUUUACUCAGCGGAACGAUUGGAAUUGGGUCGUUUAGUGGAAAGGAUUGCCAUCCAUUGGAUUAUCUCAACGUGAUGCCCGUAACGUCUCAGUUGAGCAUUGAAUGA